AGAAAUAUUAGGGAUCAAAGGCUGAGUAACAUCUCACCUUGAAUUUACACUCAUUAUACACAUUAAUUUAUAAAAAAAACUUUUUGUUUUUUCCAACAGACAAAUUAAUAUGUGGAGUAGUAACAUUUAUCGAUUCAGGCAGCCGCUGUGGCCUGGAGAUGCGUAUGAUUUUAAUGCAGAUCCAUUGCAACACACGCACAAAUUACCUUUGGAAUAUACCACUCCAGGACCGUUUGGAACCAAACAUAGUACCGCCGCCAUAACCACAGGAUCAUCUGUUAUAGGAAUACGUUUCGACAAAGGAGUCAUGAUGGCUGCAGAUACGUUGGUAUCUUACGGAUCCCUGGCCCGCUAUCAGAACAUGGAGCGAAUAUUCAUGAUCAACAACAACAUCCUGUUCGGGGGCUGCGGCGACUUUGCCGAUAUACAAUCCAUUAUACGCGGCAUUGAACAAAAGAUAGUGGAGGAUCAGUGCAACGGUGACGAUAUCGAAAUGAAACCUAAAGCUUUGGGCCAAUGGAUGACCAGGGUCCUUUAUGACCGACGAACUCAAAUGAAUCCUCUGCUGGUAGAUGUCGUGUUGGGUGGUUUGGAUGUGCAGGGAAAGCCCUACCUGGCUAAUGUCGAUUUACGGGGUCGCUCCCAUGACGAUUUUGUAAUAGCCACGGGAUUCGCCCGGCAUCUGACGAUUCCUUUUAUUAGGAGCGCCAAACCAAAAGAUAGGGAUUUUAAUAUGGACGAGGCUCACGAAAUGAUAAAAAGAUCCAUGCAGAUUCUGUAUUACCGUGAUACGCGAAAUAAUUCCCAGUAUACAUUGGGUGUGUGCAGUCCAAAAAACUGCGGUAUUGAAGGUCCUUACCAAGUCGCUGAAAACUGGAGUUAUGCUGCCGGCAUAAAAGGGUAUUAGAGAAAGCCUUUACGAACCAACAAAUGUAUUCUUCAAGAAAACUUGGAAAAUAAACUUUAAUUUUUACUCAAA